AUGACGGAAGGAAUUGCUCCGGGCUCAGCUCAGGCCAUGGUCGCCACCUGCAUCAACCCGUGGUUCAGCCAGGCAUCAACAUGCUCACAACGUGUAUCGUGUGCUUUCUCCAGGCAGCUGGGUUUCCCCGCACAUCCUGGCGUGUAUCACCCUGAAAAGAGCAGCGCAGCAUGUCAGCUACAAGGGCAAGGGGGCGGCUGGGCGAAUGCCUUUUUCGACGUCACGGCUGGUCUGCCCUGUCACUCGUUGUGA